AUGGCCAAUCCCUACUUCGAUAUUGAGUACGUCAAGGUUGGCGGCCAGGUGGAGAACUGGGGCCGCGUCGAAUUCAAGCUCUAUGACGAUAUUGUCCCGAAGACAGCGGCCAACUUCCGGUCUCUGGCGACAGGCGAGAAGGGUUUCGGCUACGCAGGUUCUGCCUUUCACCGUGUGAUUGCCGGGUUUAUGGCCCAGGGUGGUGAUUUUACGCGUGGAGACGGCACCGGCGGCAAAUCCAUCUACGGCGAGAAAUUCGCCGACGAAAACUUCCAGGUUAAACACACUAAGGGUGGCUUGCUCUCUAUGGCGAAUGCUGGACCUAAUACCAAUGGCUCGCAGUUCUUCAUCACUUUUGUGAGAACCCCUCAUCUGGAUGGCAAGCACGUUGUCUUUGGAGAGGUUGUCUCAGGCCAGGACAUUAUCCAGAAGAUGGAAAGCAAGAGCUUAGAUCGGUCUGGGAAGACCGAUGGCACCAUCAAGAUCGCUUCUUCGGGCACAGUCUAA